AUGCUGAACAAAAUGAUCUCCUCCCUCCAGCGCCAGACAAUGAGAAGUCGUAGGCUAAAGGGGGCGCUGUCAAACCCCCUCUUUGUGCUGCUCUUGGCCCUUCACAUCUUGGUGGUGGCCGGAUUAGUUCGAGCACAGACCUGUCCUUCUGUCUGCUCUUGCAGUAACCAGUUCAGCAAGGUCAUAUGCACCCGUCGCAGUCUACGAGACGUUCCAGAUGGUAUCUCGACCAACACCCGGUACUUAAACCUUCAGGACAACCUCAUACAGGUUAUCAAAGUGGACAGUUUCAAACACCUGCGCCAUCUGGAGAUUCUGCAGCUGAGCAAGAAUCAUAUCCGCAGCAUCGAAAUUGGUGCCUUUAACGGACUCGCGAACCUAAACACCUUAGAGCUCUUUGAUAAUCGACUCACGACAAUCCCCAAUGGAGCAUUUGAGUAUUUGUCCAAGCUAAAGGAGUUGUGGCUUCGGAACAACCCUAUUGAAAGUAUACCAUCCUAUGCCUUCAACCGAGUCCCCUCGCUUCGAAGGUUGGACCUUGGGGAGCUGAAACGUCUCUCCUACAUUUCUGAUGGAGCUUUCAAGGACUUGAGCAAUCUACGCUAUUUGAAUUUGGGGAUGUGCAACCUCAAGGAGAUCCCUAACAUCUUACCACUGGUAAGACUGGAAGAACUGGAAAUGUCUGGAAAUCAACUGUCCAUUGUCAAGCCUAGCUCAUUUACAGGAUUAGUGAACCUCCAGAAGCUGUGGAUGAUGCAUGCCCAGAUCCAAACAAUUGAGAGGAAUUCCUUUGAUGACUUACAGUCAUUAGUGGAGCUUAACCUUGCUCACAACAACCUUACUUUUCUCCCGCAUGACCUUUUCACACCACUUCAUCGGAUGGAACGAGUCCACCUUCAUCAUAAUCCUUGGAAUUGCAACUGUGAUAUCUUGUGGCUCAGUUGGUGGCUGAAGGAGUCCGUCCCCGCCAAUACGAGUUGUUGCGCCCGUUGUCAUACUCCUACACUCUUUAAAGGCCGCUACAUUGGGGAAUUGGACCAUAGUUACUUUCAGUGUGAUGUUCCUGUCAUAGUGGAGCCACCCUCUGACUUAAAUGUGACAGAAGGCAUGGGUGCAGAGCUCAAAUGUCGAACAAGCUCCUUGACAUCAGUCAGCUGGCUCACGCCAAAUGGCUCCCUGGUGACACACGGGGCUUAUAAAGUACGACUCUCUGUACUCAAUGACGGGACACUUAACUUUACCAGCGUCACAAUGCAAGACACUGGGACAUACACCUGUAUGGUCAGUAACACAGCGGGCAACAUCUCUGCCUCGGCUGUACUCAAUGUCACCUCUGUGGAAAACAGCGGGGUGACCUAUUUUACAACCGUCACAGUGGAGACCACUGAGACCCCAGGUGAUGACAGCCACACUCCACUCCCCCCGUUCGGUUGGGUGUCAUCAUCGACGACAAAAAUGACUCCGGUUUCAACGAGGACCACAGAGAGGACUUACACCAUCCCAGUUCUCGAUUUGGACGGGGACGGAGCCCUCAACGGACUGGAUGAGGUGAUGAAAACCACCAAGAUUAUCAUUGGCUGCUUUGUGGCCAUCACUCUUAUGGCUGCUGUUCUACUUGUUAUUUUCUACAAAAUGAGGAAGCAGCAUAACCAACAGGAUCCCGACGGCCCAGCCUCCUCUAUGGAAGUCAUUACAGUUGAAGAAGAGCUUGCAGGUGUUGCUGCUAUUGACAGACACCUAUCGCUGCCCCCACUGGAGCACUACAACCACUACAACAGCUACAAGAGCACUUAUCAUCAUCCAUCUAUGCUCAGUACCAUACACAGCUCCACCACACAGGAACAUUUACUGAUUCAAGCCUGUUCAAAAGACAAUGUACAAGAGACCCAAAUCUGA